AUGGUGGUUGCGUUGGUAUGGUGGUUUCAGCCGGUCUGCUCCUACUAUUGUGCCGACAGUCUCCAAGUCAACAACGAUCAUGGUGCAAGCAACUUCGCGGGGGUUGGUGGUCACGAUGGAGGUGGCUUUCCUCAUGCCCCCUCCGUCGUCUGUUCUACGAUCUCAAGCCUUACCUUCAUGAGAAGACUGUUGAAGAACAUAAGUCCCACAUCGGAAACUUGA